CUCUCUCCUCGUGCGCCGCCCUCCUCCCCGCGGCGCGAGCCACCUAAACCCUAACCCUAGAUCAGUGGGGGAGAGAGUGGAGGGGGCCGACGGGUGAGCGAGGAGCGGGGCGACGAUGGCGGCGAAGCGGGAGCUCUCGAGCACCCUGAGGAACCUGAAGUUUAUGCAGCGUGCGGCUGUUGCACAGAAGAUCGAGGAGAAGCCGGGGGUGGAAGUGGAGGUGGAGGCGGCGACGGCGGCGGCGGCGGCGGAGGAGGUGACGGUGGCUAGUGGAGGUCCUGGCUCGUCUGUUAGAGUCGCUAGGAAGUGCAUAGUUAUCAUGGAGGGUAAUCCACACCCUGGAGCUGUGAAGGGUCGAAUGUCAUUCCAGAAUUUUAAUCCAUCCAUUGAUAAAUUAACUCAAGAGGCAACUGGUGGUCGCCAAUCACAGUCAGCUUCGCCUAGUAAUUAUCAUCAAUAUGGUGCAAAUCCCAGCAGAACGGAUGGCGUAUCAAGAACAAGAUUUAGUGACUUCAACAUUGAUGGUUCAGAAAGCAUAUCUGUGAAUGAACUAAAGAGGAAGCAGCCUGAACUUGACAUGGAAACACCGUCGUCUCAUAGGCAGCCCAAGACCACAGGUAAGAGUGUUGACAGUGAGUCAGCUUCGCAAAGCAAUGGCCGUGGGUCUCACAAGUCAAACAAGCGUGAAAAGCUUGACUGGAAUCUUCUCAGGCAAAGGAAAUCAAAAUGAGAUUCAAGCUAGUGACUUAGCAUAGCCAAGACUUUCACUCGUACCGAUUUGUACUCUGUAUCUGAUUGGGCAUCUUGUCAUGUUUCUUGAGUUAUAUAUAGGGAGAUGGUAACAGUAGUUAUUUUCAGUGACAUGUUUGUCCUAGCUUAAACUUGGUUUCUACCGUUCUCCUUUACUUGUUCUGUUGUUUACUCCAUUACUUUGUAAGAUGUAAGAUUCUUCAGCAAAUGAGAAUUACAAUUUUGGCCGUGCUUAACAUAUUGCUUGCG